AUGGCACAUGAACAAGAUUCCUCACAAAAGCCAAGAAAUCAGAAAGAUUUCUCACGUACACAUGAUGAUCAAUACGGCGACGUUUUCAUUGUCUCCGGUGAUGACGUAGCAAGAGAUCAAGGCGCUAGUACCUCUCAACCUGAUGAUCCAACGGUUGUGACGUUGGGAUCCGUAGAUACGGUUACGAUUGGGGAAGCUUUGGAAGCUACUGCUUUGUCACUUGGAGAUAAGCCUGUGGACCGUAAAGACGCGGCUGCGAUUCAAGCGGCUGAAAAUAGAGCCACCGGUGAGUUCAAGACUCAGCCCGGUGGUCUUGCCGCAGCGGCUCAGGCGGCUGCUGCGACUAACGAACGGACGGUCAUGGAGGAAGGCAAAGUGACUAUUGCAGACAUUCUCACGGAUGCCUCGGAGAAACUUCCAGGAGACAAGGUGGUAACAAGUGAAGAUGCCGAGGCGGUGGUUGGAGCGGAACUUAAGAAUAGUCCGGAGAUGAAGACAACUCCCGGCGGAGUGGCAGACUCCAUGUCUGCGGGGGCAAGGCUCAAUCAACAACUCUAG